GAUGGACGAUCUCAGCGACGCUGGGGACCCCGAGCCCGCUCCCCCGGCAGCUGGCGGCAUCGACGAGGCAGGCGCGCCUCAGUUGCCUUCGACGAAGGACGACGACAGCUGCGAUGUCGAUCUCGACCUGUUGCUCGACGAUUGCGCCCAGUGCCCGUCCGACAGCGGCAGCGUCGAGUUAGACGUGGGCGCUGACGGUUUCCAUGACGACGCCUGUGGGCAGUGCGCGGAUAUGGAUGAGAUGCCGUUGCGCUCGCGUAAGGGAUCGCACUUGCGCAGGACUUGGAGCACAACGCUAGAGUAUGCGGGUGAGCAGUUGCCGUGGGUCUUCUUCGGGCGCAUGCACGAUUGCACGCCGGUGAAGGUGUCUUUCGGGGCGAUGUCCUCGCUGUCCGAGGCGGCGCGGUACUGGGUCAAGAAAGACAACGUAAGGCAGUCGUUGUCCGCGGACGAUGCGAAGCAGGCGCUCGGCGUCCUGCCCGGCCAGGGCAUCGUGGAGAUGAUGGCGCAGCGCGGUGUCAUCAGUUGGCCCGGCGUUCGCCCUGGCUUCGUCUCGGUGAACCUCAAGGACGUUGACUACCCCCCUUGCUACCUCACACGCGGCAACGGGUCGAACAUAUCUGCGGCAUGCGACUCAGCUGACCCUGGGAUUUCCAUCGACAAGGUGAUUGAGAUGAGUCGCCACGCCCGCCUCGUCUUCAUCUACAGCGGUUCCGACCUUGCAUCGUCCUGCGGAAGGGCCAAGAUGGAGAUUGCGAGGCGUGCCAUGCUGGCCAACGUCACCGCCAAGGCUGAGCAUCGCGGCUUCGUUGUCUUCGUCGACGGCAGGUGUUCGUCCCGCAUCAUCCAUUGCGAGAUCGAG